AUGUCUGUACAGCCCCAGCAGUUCUCUCCUGAAUUCCCUCGGACUAUCGAUCAGGUUCUAGUUCACCAACAAGUGGAACUGUUGGAAGCCCUACUUGGGAUUGAAAUUAAUAAUAAAUAUGAAGUAAAAAACUCUGUGGGUCAGAGAGUGUACUUUGCUGCAGAACAAAGCAAUUGCUGCCUCCGUAUGUUCUGUGGACCUUCCCGCCCCUUUGUCAUAACUAUUGUUGACAAUACAGGUCGUGAAGUCAUAAAAUUACUCAGACCAUUAAGAUGUUCCUACUGUUUUAUACCUUGUUUCCUGCAGAAACUUGAAGUGCAGGCACCACCAGGAGUCACAAUUGGUUACGUCAAACAAAAUUGGGAUGCUUGUCUGCCAAAAUUUUCUAUCCUAAAUGAGAGAGAAGAAGAGGUCUUAAAAAUCAGUGGACCAUUUAUGCCCUGUAACUGUUGUUCAGAUGUUAAUUUUGAGUUGACAACACUUGAUGGGACUUCUCAAAUUGGAAGGAUUGUUAACCAGUGGGCCGGUCUUACACAGGAACUUUUUACAGAUGCAGACAACUUUGGAGUUCAGUUUCCAAUGGAUCUCGAUGUGAAAAUGAAAGCCGUUGUGCUUGGUGCCUGUUUCCUUAUUGAUUUCAUGUAUUAUGAACAAAGCAAAUAAUGAAAAAGGUUGAAGGUUUCUUUACAGAUUUCCAUUACCCCCAUAUAUACUGUUAUGUUGAGAUGUAUACAAAAGGUUUACAUUUUACAGAUUUGGACUACAAUACCUUUUUUUUUAUUUUGUUUUUCUAGAAGUAUGAUUUUUAAAUUCUUUAUGCAACAAAAUACAUUUACUAGUCAUCUAGUUCUACUACUUUCUUGUAUUUUUUUAGAUGGUCUCAAUAUGUUUAAAUGUUUCUA